AAAAAAAAAAAAAAAAAAGAAAGGUAAACGCUCAACAAAUUUGACUUAAUACAGUUUCCAGAGCUAGCAGCAGGGGCAACAUGCUGACUGUUUUUCAGUGCUGUAGAAUGUGCAUGUGAAGUGUGAAAUGCUGAAGUAUGUUCUGAUUGGCAUAGAUACAAUUGAGUCAACUGUUACGUGUCUCCGAAUCAUCUUCAGCCUUCCACAUGUUAUCACCCUCUAAAAAAGUCAGAUCAUAUGACGGUGCCCUUAUGACAAAGGGAAAAAAUGCCAUAUCUUUUUAUUGCCUUUCAGGAGGAUGAGUAUUCUGAAAACAUGCUAUGCCAUAAAUAAAACUGACUAUGAUUUUGGCACUCUCCCUGUCCCUACCCUUUUAAUUUUUGAUUCUUUUUGUGAGGCAUGAUAAAAAGAAGCAGGAAGAGCCUUUGUGCACCAGUGAUUGUGAAAAUCUAGAUGCAAGUGGUUGCUUCCUGUGUCAGGGCCUCCCGCCACUACUCACUUCCUUAAUCUGAAGCACUGUGAUCUUUAAGUUGCUCCUUGUGGUUACUGAGCCUGACGAGGCCAGGUCCCUUCUUCUGCACGCAGACAACCGCUUGUUCUACCAAAAAACUUGGUAGCAUUUCCUUUACCAAGUAUUACGCUGUAGCUGCCAUUUUGUGUGUGCCAUCACAAUCUACAUGCCUCUAAUUCGUCAUCCUUAAAAAGCCUUCCUUUUAUGAUGCAGUAGACCCAGUAGAUUUUGAAGGCUUCCUGAUGACGCAGCUGAACAACUUGGACUUAGAUCUAGCACAAGAACUCGGGGACUUUCCUGAAGAUGAUCUGGAUGUUGUUUUUACACCCAAAGAGUGCAGAACUCUGCAGCCCUCUAUGCCGGAAGAUGGGGUUGAAUUGGACUCACAUGUCAAAGACUGUGUUCAGACUUACAUCCGUGAGUGGCUGAUUGUGAAUAGAAAAAACCAAGGGAAUUCAGAUACCUGUAGCCUGAAAAACAAGGGAUCCCGAAAAGAUUUUCACAAAACGCUUCAAAAACAAACAUUUGAAUCAGAAACAUUGGAUUCCAGCGAUGCAACUUUUCAGGCGGGGCCCCAGCAGGUGCCCGCUGUCGCGGAGGAGGCCUCGCGGGCGGCCCCGGCCUGCUCGGACCUGGAGCUGCGCAGCCUGCAGCCGGACCCGCGGCUGGAGCACCUGCUGCGGCACGUCAGCGCCGAGGAGUUCGAGAGGCUCAACGAGGAGGCACGCCGCACCAACAGGCACCCCGAGCUCCUCGCCCUCUACCCCUCUGUCGAUGAGGAAGAUGCAGUGGAGAUACGGCCAGUGCCAGAUCGCCCAAAGGAACAUCUGGGCAACAGGAUUUUGGUGAAGCUGCAGACUCUGAAGUUUGAUAUAGAGAUAGAACCUUUGUUUGCAUGCAUAGCUCUCUAUGACAUAAAGGAAAGAAAAAAGAUCUCAGAAAAUUUUCAUUGUGACCUCAAUUCUGAUUCAUUAAGAGGAUUAUUGCGUUCUCAUACACCUUCCAUUGACUUGUCUACUCAGGCAAGAUCAGCAAUAUUUUCUGUCACUUACCCCUCACCAGAUAUCUACCUGGUAAUAAAGAUAGAAAAAGUGCUUCAGCAAGGAGAAAUCGGAGACUGUGCAGAACCCUAUAUGGUUCUUAAAGAAGGUGAGGCUGGCAAGACAAAAGAAAAGAUUGAAAAACUGAAAGCACAAGCUGAAUCCUUUUGUCAGAGGUUGGGGAAGUACAGAAUGCCAUUCGCCUGGAUUCCCAUAAGCCUAAAUAGUUUCUUCAACGUUCCAACACUUGAACGAGAAAUACAAGAAACUGAAGGUUUAAACGGGAAAGGAUUCAGUAGUGACAAGAAGGCAACACUGCUGCAGGCGAGAAGGUUUUCUGAGAGAGGUUUCAACUCAGAGGACAACUAUCCAACUUCAACAUUAAACUCGAAAACUUUAUCUCAGACCAGCUUCUUUAAACAGGAAGGAGACAGGCUCAGUGAUGAAGAUCUGUUUAAAUUUUUAGCUGAUUUCAAAAGAUCAUCUUCCUUGCAAAGAAGAAUUAAGACUUUACCAGGAACACUUAAAGUGGAGAUUUCCCCAGCUCCAGAAAACAUUGGUUAUUGUCUGACACCAGAACUACUCCCAUUGAAGCCAUUUUCAGAAAACCGUAAUCGCCCUCACAAAGAGAUUUUGGAAUUCCCAAUUAGAGAAGUGUAUGUUCCCCAUACCAUUUAUAGGAAUCUCCUCUAUGUUUACCCUCAGAGGCUUAAUUUUGCUAACCGGCUGGCUUCUGCAAGGAACAUUACCAUCAAGAUCCAAUUUAUGUGUGGUGAAGACCCCUCCUGUGCAAUGCCGGUAAUUUUUGGGAAAUCUUCAGGUCCAGAAUUUGUCCAAGAAAUAUACACAGCUAUCACAUAUCAUAACAAAUCCCCCGACUUCUAUGAAGAAGUGAAAAUUAAGCUGCCAGCAAAACUCACAGAGAAACACCAUCUACUGUUCACAUUCUAUCACAUCAGCUGCCAACCAAAGCAAGGAGCAUCUGUUGAAACCCUCCUAGGGUAUUCAUGGCUGCCAAUUCUAUUAAAUGAUCGUCUUCAAACUGGACAUUAUAGUCUUCCUGUUGCAUUGGAUAAACUGCCUUUACACUAUUCAAUUCACUCUCCUGAGAAAAUUCCUUCUCAGAUGCCACCUAUAAAGUGGGUUGAAGGACACAAGGGUGUUUUCAUUGUUGAAGUUCAAGCUGUGUCAUCUGUUCACACCCAGGACAACCACCUGGAGAAGUUCUUCACCUUGUGCCAUUCUCUGGAAAGCCAAGUGACAUUCCCCAUUCGAGUGAUGGAUCAGAAGAUUACAGAGGCUUCACUGGAGCAUGAACUGAAACUCAGCAUUAUCUGUUUGAACUCUUCACGCCUUGAACCUCUUGUCUUAUUUUUGCAUUUGGUACUAGAUAAACUUUUCCAGCUGGCUGUACAGCCUAUGGUCAUAGCUGGCCAGACAGCCAACUUCUCACAGUUUGCCUUUGAGUCUGUGGUUGCAAUAGUGAAUAGUCUCCACAACAGUAAAGAGUUGAGCAAGGAUCAGCAUGGAAGGAACUGCCUCUUGGCAUCUUAUGUGUACUAUGUAUUUCGUCUGCCAGACCCACAAAGAGAAGUGGUCAAACCAGGUGGAGGCAGCAGUGCCAUUUCAACAGAAUCUCGUUACUACACCUUUGGACGCACUUCCGCAGUGUCUGUUGGAAGUAAACUCCUGCAGAGCCGAGUGAUAAGCUGCAGCAAUCCUGACAUCACUGUUACGCAAGCUGCUACUGAUGAGGAGGUCAAAAGCAUCAUGGCAUCCAAGCCUAUGGAUCAUAGCUCCAGUCGGAUGUCUUACUACGCUGAAGGAACAAAUGACAUGUCAGGCCUUUGUGCAAGCACAAGACCAUCCAAUAAAAAGCAUUUCCAUGAGGAACUGGCAUUGCAGAUGGUGGUCAGCACGGGCAUGGUGAGAGAAUCAGUCUUCAAGUAUGCCUGGUUCUUCUUUGAGCUCCUGAUAAAGAGCAUGGCUCAGUAUGUUCACAACACAGAGAAGCAAGAUAACCAACGAAGAAGCCGGUUCUCUGAUCGUUUCAAAGAUGAUAUUACUACUAUAGUUAGUGUGGUUACUUCAGAGAUUGCUGCACUUGUAGUCAAACCACCCAAGGAAAGUGAACAAGCAGAAAAAAUUAAUAUCAGCCUGGCGUUUUUCUUGUAUGAUCUUCUUUCUUUAAUGGAUCGAGGAUUUGUGUUUAAUCUCAUCAAACAUUACUGUAAUCAGCUUUCAAACAAGCUGAAUUCACUCUCCACCCUGAUUUCCAUGAGACUUGAGUUCCUGAGAAUUCUCUGCAGCCAUGAGCAUUACCUCAAUCUGAACCUCUUCUUCGUGACAUCUGCAUCUGCUCCAGCAUCUCCCUCUCCCUCCUUGUCCUCCCAGAACUCCAGCUCCUGCUCUAGUUUCCAGGACCAGAAGAUCACUGGCAUGUUUGACCUCUCAGCUGAAUACCGUCAGCAACACUUCCUGACUGGCUUACUUUUCACUGAAUUGGCAGCAGCACUGGAUGCAGACAGUGAGGGGAUUAGCAAGGUGCAAAGAAAAGCUGUCAAUGCUAUCCUUAGCCUGCUGAGUUCCCAUGACCUAGACCCACGUUGCUCCAAAAAGGAGGUGAAGAUUAAAAUUGCAGCUCUUUACCUCCCUUUGGUUGGUAUCAUUUUGGAUUCACUACCACAACUCCAUGAUUUUACAAUUUCAGAUACCCGCAGUGGAAAGGGGCGCACAGGAAACCCCGAAGAAGAACAAGAAUCUUCAGGUGCAAUCAAUCAAAACGUGGCCCUUGCCAUUGCAGGGAGUCAGUUCAACAUCAGGAACUCUGGACUACCUCUGGUGUCACUGCCCUACAGACAGAGUGCCACAUUAGGUCCCGAUACUACUCGCAACCUUUUGAUCUGUUUCCUCUGGAUCAUGAAAAAUGCUGAUCAGAACCUGAUACAGAAAUGGAUUGCAGACCUUCCAUCCAUGCAGUUGAACAGGAUUUUAGACCUCCUCUUCAUUUGUGUUUCAUGUUUUGAGUAUAAGGGCAAGCAAAGCUCAGAUAAAGUUAGCACCCAAGCACUCCAGAAGUCACGAGAUGUGAAAGCUCGAUUAGAAGAGGCUUUACUGAGAGGAGAAGGAGCUAGAGGAGAAAUGAUGAAGCGCUGCAGAAUACCAGCUGGGAAUGACAGAUCAGCAGGGGUAAAUGAAAAUUUGCGCUGGAGAAAGGAGCAGACGCAGUGGCGGCAGGCAAAUGAGAGACAAGAUAAGACAAAAGCUGAGCUAGACCAAGAAGCUCUGAUCAGUGGAAACCUGGCAACUGAAGCUAACCUAAUCAUUCUUGAUAUGCAAGAGAACAUCAUUCAGGCUAGCUUUGCAGCAGAAUGCAGAGAUAAUCUCUUGGGAGGAGUUUUGAAGGUCCUGGUAAAUUCUCUUGGCUAUGAUCAGAGCACCACUUACCUGACUCAUUGCUUUGCCACACUCAGAGCACUCAUUGCCAAGUUUGGAGAUUUGCUGUUUGAAGAGGAGGUUGAACAGUGUGCUGAUCUGUGUCAAAGAGUUCUCCAUCACUGCAGCAGCAGCAUAGAUAUUACACGGACGCAAGCCUGUGCCACUCUUUAUCUCCUCAUGAGAUACAGCUUCAACUCUACCAGUAAUUUCUCAAGAGUGAAGAUGCAGGUGACCAUGUCGCUAGCUUCUCUGGUUGGAAAAUCACCUGAGUUUAAUGAGGAAUUCCUUCGACGAUCCUUGCGAACCAUCCUGGCCUAUGCAGAGGAAGAUACAGAUAUGCAGGCAACACCAUUUCCCAUUCAGGUAGAGGAGCUACUGUGUAAUCUGAACAGCAUCCUGUCAGAUACGGUGAAAAUGAGGGAAUUUCAGGAAGAUCCAGAGAUGCUGAUGGACCUCAUGUACAGAAUCGCAAAAGGAUACCAGACGUCGCCAGACUUGAGGCUGACUUGGCUGCAGAACAUGGCAGAGAAGCACACCAAGAGGAAGUGCUACACAGAAGCAGCCAUGUGUCUGGUCCAUGCUGCAGCACUGGUGGCAGAGUACCUGAGCAUGCUUGAGGAUCGGAACUAUCUCCCUGUGGGCAGUGUCACUUUUCAGAACAUUUCGUCCAAUGUGCUGGAGGAAUCUGCUGUUUCAGAUGAUGUUUUGUCUCCAGAUGAAGAUGGCAUAUGUUCUGGGAGGUAUUUCUCAGAAAGUGGACUGGUAGGGCUGCUGGAGCAAGCUGCAGAGCUCUUCAGCACGGGAGGUUUGUAUGAAACUGUGAAUGAAGUGUACAAAAUUGUCAUCCCCAUACUGGAAGCACAUCGAGACUUCAGGAAGCUUACCUUGACACACAGCAAGCUACAGAAAGCCUUUGACAGCAUUAUUAAUAAGGGUCAAAAACGAAUGUUUGGAACUUACUUCCGUGUUGGUUUCUAUGGAUCCAAAUUUGGGGACUUGGAUGAACAGGAAUUUGUUUAUAAGGAGCCUGCAAUUACAAAACUCCCUGAGAUUUCUCACAGAUUAGAGGGGUUUUAUGGCCAGUGUUUUGGGGAGGAUGCUGUGGAAGUGAUUAAGGACUCUGCUCCUGUAGACAAAAGAAAGCUGGAUCCCAAUAAGGCAUACAUACAAAUUACUUUUGUGGAGCCCUAUUUUGAUGAGUAUGAGAUGAAGGACAGGAUUACCUACUUUGAGAAGAACUUCAACAUCUGUCGGUUCAUGUACACUACACCUUUCACUAUGGAUGGGCGUCCCAGAGGAGAACUUUGUGAGCAAUACAAGAGGAACACCAUCCUAACCACAAUGCAUGCUUUCCCCUACAUCAAAACUAGAAUCAAUGUCAUCCAAAGAGAAGAGUUUAUUUUAACCCCAAUUGAAGUUGCUAUUGAAGAUAUGCGUAAAAAAACACAGGAACUAACUGCAGCCACCAACCAAGAACCACCAGAUGCCAAAAUGCUCCAGAUGGUUUUGCAGGGCUCAGUUGGAGCUACUGUAAAUCAGGGACCGCUAGAGGUAGCGCAAGUGUUCCUGGCUGAAAUUCCAGCAGACCCCAAACUUUAUCGACAUCACAACAAGCUGAGGUUGUGCUUCAAAGAGUUUAUAAUGAGGUGUGGUGAAGCAGUGGAGAAAAACAGGCACCUUAUUACUGCUGACCAGCGGGAAUAUCAUCAGGAGCUGAAAAGAAACUACAUGAAACUGAAGGAGAACCUUAGACCCAUGAUUGAGAGGAAGAUCCCAGAGCUGUACAAACCCGUAGUUAAAGUCCAAAGCAUAAGGGAAUCUUUUCGUAACCACAGUUUUAGGAAAUACGAUGCCCAGACUUCUUCCCAAAGCACCUAAGAACUGGCAGCUUUGGCCAAGGAGGAUCUUCAUGCUGCAAGACAGAACUGAUGGAGUAUUUAUUCCACAUCCAUGAAAUCAGAAAUCUCUCACAAGACAGCAUGUGUGCUUUCUGGACAAUAUACAGAAAAGCAUUUACACAAGAUCACUGCAUGAAAACUAGGGGAUAAAUCCUAAUCAAGCACAUAUCACAAGGGCUUGGAAAGGAAGGGGAUGCUUUUUAGAUACUUUUGUAUAUAUUGUACAAUAAUGGCCUAAUGCAGAGGGGUGGACCUUAGAGUAGUCAAUGGCAUGAAGUUAGUCACAACUAGGUAACAGACACAGAACUUUGUGUGGUUUGAUUGAGGUGAAUCCAAUUAACAUGUCUGUGGAAUAACAACAAAUUAUAUGUGUUUAUGGUCCUUUUCCAAGACAGCAUUUAUCCAUGUGCUUUUGGCAAUGAAGCACAUUCUGCAAGUUAAUUACAUGCUUAUAUUUUUGUCUUAAUGAGGAGAGACAUGGUUACUUGCUUAUGUUUGCUGAGCUGGCGCUCUAGGGAAGGAUAAUUUCCUCAGUCAGUUUCUGAACUGAUUAUCUGUCAUGGUCCUUAACUGCAGGGAGUUCUGCACAAAUUUUCUCCACCAAAGGAUAAAAAUCAAGAAGCAGUAAUAAAUAGUUCUUAUAGGUCUUCUAAAUUUUUUUCUAAGUAUAGGGGCAUGCAGUAUAGUGACUUGACAUGCAGUUAGUAAUUUUUAACCUAUUUAGCAGAGCUAACAAGUAAUAGUUUAAAAUGAAGAUGCUAAGCUAGGAGUGAUUCUUAAUUACAUAAAGCUCUUAUGUAGAUAACCUUAUAAAAAAUGAAUUACAGAAGCUACAAUGGGGAUGUCCUGCAAAUCACUUGACUCAGGCUUUACUGCUGCUUAAGAGAAAUUGGCACAUAAUUUAUAAUACCUAGUGCUUAAUAUUUUUUGAGUCAUAAGCAAAUAUCUUACAAAAUAAUCUUUACACCAUUUCUCUGAAGUAUUGAAAUGUUAUUACAAUUUUGCAAAUGAGGAUGCAAAGACAGAGGAGAAAUUAGGACUUUGGAACUCAGAAUUUUUGGAACUCCUUUAGUGAGGCAGUGGAAGAGCUACAGUUUUUAUUGUGGCUAUGCUUGCUGCAUAAUAUUUGUGUUUUGAAACAAAGUUCUGUGAAAGCCUCCUAAAUACUAAUUCCUCUCCUGCACCUCGUCAGUAUUUUGAAAUGAUACUUUAAUGUUGAUUAAAGUACCAAUUCCAUUUGCCCAAGUACAGAAUUUAAUGUUAAAAUUCAAGGAAAUGGUCGAUUUUUUUUCCUUUCUACUUCAUUGUAGAAAAUUGGAGUGAACGUUCUCAGAGCCAAUGCCAUGUGUUUCUAUCAGGAGGCUGUUGCUUUUAGUGGAAACAUUUUGAGUUUUUACAGUCACCUGCAGCCUUGCCAUUUGAUAUUACAAAUAUUCCAAGCACUUCAUUGACAUUUGUAUCAUAUUUUGAAUGUGCUUUGUAGAAGAUUCACAUGGAUGAUCAAACAAGAUGAGAUGUGGAAAUAGGUGAAAUAAACCCUGUAGUUACACAGCACUUGGGGUGUAAGAAAAUAAUUUCCCUCCUCAUUCAUAGUAUUGUUAAAUGAAAUAAUCGGGGAUAAGUACUCCCUGACUUUGAAGUGAGCCCAUCCAAAGUACAAAAGCAAACGGUACAAAAAGCUCAAAGCAAAAGUCAGAGCGCCUCUAUAUGAGAGUGGCUUCUCUAUAUUCAAGUUCCUUCGAAACAGCUCUAGAUUGAAAAAUUACUUAUUUCCCAAAGUCUUGAAGCUAUAAGAUCUCAGCCUCUCAGAACCUAGCCCUUUAUCUAUUGUCUUUAACUGCCAGUUGAGGAGAAAGUCAGAAUACUGUCAUCUAUCAAACUCAACAUCACUGUUUACAAGGUAGUUAGUUGCUCUUUACAGCCUAACUACCAGAAACCUCAGGUAAAUAAAACCCCUAACAGGUGUACAAUAUACUAGAUAAAAGUAAUGAAGUCGUUCCUUGAACUGAAAUGAUACUCAGGGUAAUAUGAAUACUGAUGGACUCUUCACUCCCAUUUUACAAGCUGAGCACCUCACAAUGGCCAGUCUUGCCCUCAGUUUGCAUUUCAUGUUGUCCCUUCUACAAACAGAACAUGGCUUGUACAUUUCUUUCAAGAGCUGAACUAUGUGAAACAAUUUUUCUGUCUUAUAAUAUUCAUUUUGCAAUAAAGUGACUGUUACACAACAUA